AUGAUGUGUCGAAAAUAUUUCAACAGUGAAAUGGGAAACGAUGAGAGCCCCAAGGCGUCAGUGGAUCGGCGAUCGCGGAGUAGAUUGAAGUCCACUAGAAGUCAGCGUCGUGGUGAUAGCAGUCGCAGUGUGCGAAGCCAUGCGAACCACCAUCACCAGACCCGCAGUGGUCGCUCGCCCAGCCGACGGUCGCGCAGCCGUAUGUGUGUGCAGUCACGCAGUCGCGCUGAUCAUCGCAGGCACAGUCGUGCCAACUACCGGACGCGCAGCCGCAGCAGCCACCGAUCGCUAAGUCCUACCAGUCACCGUUCACGCAGCCGACCUGUACACAGCAGGGCCGUGCAGCGUGGCCAUACUGAAACCAGCCAGAUGCAACGGCAACAACAGCAAAGGUCUCCCCGACAAGUUUUAACACCAGACAGCGUUGCGAGAGAAAUACAAUCGUCAGGACAAAGCCGUAAAUUAGUUCCAAAAUUUCAGGGCCCAUAUCGUAUAGCCUCAGUAUUAGGGAACGAUAGAUAUGAGAUUGUAGAUACACCUCUUACACGUAAGGGCAAUCGUAAAUAUACUUCUGUAGUCGCGGUCGAUAAAUUAAAACCGUGGCUAAGUUAUAACAGACCUGAUGAAAUUGAAUCUAGUAACGAUGAUAAUAUUGAUGAUUCUAAUUCUGAUUGU